AUGGAUGUGAAAUGCGUGCUUCAGUUUGCCGCAAAAACUAGAUGUGUUGCGCUCAUUCUGCAGGCCGUGCUGAACGCUGUCAUCCCUGACCACGAUGCAGAUGCCUUCAGACCCCCGCGCACAGCAGUGCCCUUAUACCUGGACCCCGUGGUGGACUGGCUCUUCAGCGGCCUAUCGCGCUGGGAUGCUGAACACUUCCUCUUUAUUGCUGAGAGGGGAUACUUGUACGAACACAAUUUUGCCUUCUUCCCGCUCCUCCCCAUUGUCCUUCGAGGACUUGCUGAGACUCUGCUGUGGCCUCUGAGCUCCUGGCUGAGUGUCCGUGGGCGAUUACUGGUGGCAGUGGCUUUUGGGAACACAGCUCUGUUCCUGCUCAGCGUCGUUUCCCUUUAUGCACUCAGCAGGAUAGUUUUACAGGACAGGCGCCUUGCAUUUCUCUCCAGUCUUCUCUACUGUAUCACGCCCGCCAAUGUCUUCAUGAUCGCAGGUUAUUCCGAAAGCCUGUUCGCUGCGCUAACAUUUGGAGGCUUGUAUCUACUGGAGAAAGGAUUCACCUUCAGAGCAUGCCUUGCGCUCAGUAUAGCCACAGCAGCGCGCUCCAACGGACUAGUAAACGUCGGCUUCCUUCUUUACCUUCCUUCUUUGUACGCGCUUUCCCAGAUCCGUGUCUAUAGAACAACAACAAAGGCGUAUGCCAAAGUCUUCCGUUACGUACUCGUCAUCCUUCAAUUGUUGUUCACGUCAUUACUGGGCACUGCUUUUAUAACGCUUCCAUUUGCAGCUUUCCAGUACUACGGUUAUAGGACGUUUUGCACACCGUCUUUGUCUUUGGAGCACAUCACACCUGCUUUACUGUCACUCGCCGAAAGAAAAGGCUACAGAGUUCCCGAUCAGAAUGGCACCCCGCCAUUGUGGUGCAUGCGGCCGAUGCCCAUGCUGUACUCUCACAUCCAGGACAUUUACUGGGACGUGGGCUUUCUCCGCUACUUUGAACUCAGGCAGAUGCCCAACUUUAUUUUGGCUUUACCUAUGGCUUCUCUUGGGAUAAUGGCAGCGUACGCAUAUGCUCACGCCAAUCCAGAGCUGUGCCUUCGUCUCGGACUUUGGGAGAUGAGUGAAAACAAAGGUCUGGACAAACCAACCCCAGGAUUUUUCAACCCGCGGGUUUUCGUCUAUGUGGUGCACUCCAGUGCGUUGCUGCUGUUUGGAACGCUCUGCAUGCAUGUGCAGGUGAGAAUUAACUACGGCAAGGAGUAG